AGGUCUGUCUAACACACAAUAGUAUGAAAUACUACAUAAAAUUAUGACAACGUGCAUUAUUUUUCCACCUACCUAGAUAAAAACUUGUUAUUUCAGCGAACUGAAUGCCGCCCGUGCUCUUUUAGCGAAUGUCGCCGGUCAGCAUUGGCAUCAGUUUGUCGAUAGUCAACUAUCAGGAAAUUAUCACAAUCACAUGACUUCGAAAGAUAUUCACACACAGAUUAGCUCGAAAAUCACAAGGGUGGCAUCGGGUUUGCACAAAUUGGCUAGUAAGAGGACAUUAAGUUCACACAAUAGCAUAAAUUCGGUGCUUCCGUGGAAGAGCGUAAGCGUCGAUAAAGAGGUUAUUCAUAUGUGGUUACGGGUGCACGUGAGUCUUGUGAAAGAGCUACUGGUGGCGCAAUCAACAAGAUAUCAUGAGUGGCAUACUCAUGCGAAGAAGUGGUCUCUACACGAUUGGCAUCAGCUAGAAGCAGAACUCACACGCGAGCGUGGUAUUUGGGGACCAGAAAAAGCUUCUGCGCUUGACAAAUAUAAACUAGACACCACGGAAGGCCCUUCUCGAUCUCGUCGUAAAAUGAUUCCAAAUCGUUUCUUCUACCACGUCUUUCCUUAUAGACCUCAUUUGGACGAUCCAAGUGCGAAAUCCAUGCGUGCCAAGGUUGCAAUAUCCCGAGAUAGUGAGUUAUACUACAAUGCCUGUCGUCGACGACGUGGUCAAUUGAACUCAUCUCUGAUUCGGCGGCUGUCGCUUCGUCCCCAUGUCGAUACUAAUGUAGCGCAAAAAGAUGAUAAUGGUAAAGACAGUGAGAAUGGGGAGGAGAAUGAAGAUAAGGAUGACCAGCAGGACGAGUCUUUAGCAAGUGACAAACUGAUGUCAGAAAGUCGCGAAGAAGUGAAAGAAGAUGAUAAGAAAGAAAAUGAGAGAGAAGACAAUAGUAACAGAAAGAAGCGUGGACCUGAUAAUCAAACUCUUUUGCGGUUAUUGGAGCAGGGAGAACAGCUCCAUAGCAUGUUCCGUUGUGCUAGAAUACAGGGGUUAGAAACUUCUGAAGGAUUGUUACUGUUUGGAAGAGAACACUAUUAUGUUGUGGACGGUUUCACGCUUCUGAAAACUAGAGAGAUUCGGGAUUUGGACUUUUUAAGUCAGGAAUUGCGCGACCCCAUCGUUCCGUACACUGGUACACAUCCGCCGCGGUCGUCACGACUUUGCAGCAAAUUCAGCUAUGAAGAUAUCAGAGAGGUUCAUAAACGCAGAUAUCUUCUCCAACCAAUUGCACUAGAAGUAUUCAGCGCUGAUGGACGAAACUACCUUCUAGCAUUUCCAAAAAAGAUGCGUGAUCGAGUAUACGAGAAGCUUUUAUCUAUGGCAAAAGGAUUGACCUCUGGAGGAACUGAUUCUGUAGGAGGACAGAAAGCAAACAUGGCCAUAGAGCAAAGUGGAAGAGCAUCGCUUUUGAAUUCUAUUAUAGGACAGCAAUCUGUGACUCAAAGGUGGCUGAACGGGCAGAUCUCAAACUUUCAAUAUUUGAUCCACCUUAACACUUUAGCAGGACGAUCCUACAACGAUUUGUCGCAAUAUCCCGUAUUGCCGUGGGUGUUAGCCGACUACACAUCGACUACAUUAGAUUUCACUAAUCCAAAAACAUUUCGUGAUUUGUCGAAGCCAAUGGGUGCGCAGCAUCCUCAGCGUCUAGAACAAUUUUUGAAGAGAUACAGGGAAUGGGAUGAUCCCACGGGAGAAACACCUCCGUAUAUGUAUGGAACGCACUAUUCAUCAGCAAUGAUUGUGGUAUCAUAUUUGGUACGACUCGAACCAUUCACGCAGCAGUUUCUGAGUCUUCAAGGCGGCCAUUUCGACCUCGCCGACCGAAUGUUUCACAGUGUAGGAGAUGCAUGGAUAAGUGCUAGCCGCAAUAACAUGGCGGACGUCAAAGAAUUAAUACCUGAAUUCUUUGUUCUUCCAGAAUUAUUACUGAACAAAAAUCGUUUCGAUUUCGGUGUUAAACAAAAUGGCGUUGCACUAGAUGAUGUGGUCCUUCCUCCAUGGGCUCACGGGGAUGCCAGAGAAUUCGUGAGGCUUCAUCGACAAGCUCUAGAAUGCGAUUACGUAUCGUCACAUUUGCAUGAAUGGAUAGAUUUAGUUUUUGGAUAUAAACAAAGUGGAGAAGAGGCUGUGAAGGCCAAUAAUCUUUUCCAUCAUUUAUUUUAUGAAGGAAACGUCGAUUUUGAAUCAAUCAUGGAUCCGUUGACGAGAAAUGCUACCAUAGGUUUUGUAAACAAUUUUGGACAAAUUCCAACCCAAUUGUUCAAGAAACCGCAUCCUCAAAAGAAAAUCAGUCCUGUGGAUGGGUUUUCGAACACUCCUGGAGUUACCACUCAGCGUCUGUUCUACCAUUGUUUGUAUUCACUGAAACCACCUCAAAGUCCUAUAAAGGAACUUCGUUCUGCAGUUGGUUCUAUAUAUCAAAGUGAACGUACAGGAGUGAUUGCUUUGGAACAGAAUAAAGUGUUAAUCGGUUCGAAUCGAUAUAUUGCAUGGGGCUUUCCAGACCGUUCAAUUCGCAUGGGGCAAAUCGACUCCGAUAAGGUGGUUCUACCUUUUUUGUAA